AUGGAGGCCAGUGCUGGUGAAUUGCCAUUGGAAGUGGCAGGAGGGUUCCCCAUGAUCAGUGUUGUGGAGGAUAGCUUCUGUGUGACUUCCCCAACAGAAAUAAUUAUAAAAAAAAAAUACUGCGGAGUCUUCUUCAACCAACGAUACAAAGUGUUCGAUGUUAACGGUAAUCUCUUGUUACAAGUUGAUGGCUCAAGCCUAGACGUUCGCAAGAAGAGAAUCAUGCGUGAUGCUGCUGGGUCUACUGUACUUACAAUGCGUGAGAAGGUUAAUCUGAUAUCACUGAGGCAUCGGUGGAUGGUUCAUAAAGGAGGAAGCUCGGAGAAGAAGGAUCUGAUAUUUGGGGUUCAACGAUCUCACCCUCUUGACAUGAACCCACGGCUCGAUGUGUUCAUGGCCACCAAUAUCAGCCAAGGUAUCAGCAGCUUUCAACUUGUUGGGAGCCACAUCGACAACUCCUGCAAAGUUUACAAAGAGGACACCAUCAUUGCAGAGGUAAUUGAUGUAUUCCCAAGGAACAACUUCAGCAAAUGGACGGAAAGUUUUAGAGUCAAAAUAAAUGCAGGGGUGGACUAUGCUUUCAUUGUCGUCUUACUUGCAAUACUCACAGUAAAUGAUUACAUAUAA